AUGGAGAACCCCGUGAGGCACUCGGUGGACAUAAAGUCGGAAGACUUCGUCGUCCUGAUUUCGCUCCAAAACCUGCAGACCUUCAUCAUGAUAGGGUACACAGCCGUGAACAAAGACCACCUGAAUUUCGACUUCUCCUACUUAUGGGCCCUCUGCAUCGGGACGGGCCUCUUCAUAUACUCCCUCAUCAGCUUUGUACUCAUAAGAUCCCUAGCACUGUCAAAAAUAGACAUAGGCAAAUACGUCCUGGAGCUGCUAUUCAGUUUGAGUAUAAUCGCCACAUGUUCACUCUCCAUAAUAAUUGACUCUUUCAAAAUAGCCAACAUGCAGUUGCUUUUUUUUUCGUUCGCUUUAACGGGCUAUGCCUACUACAAUUUGAUGAGCCUCUUCUUUUUCUGCACACUGGUAGGAAUGACCAUUCAGUACAAUUUAAGUUUCACUGGGUUCAGAGCGCAUUCGACUUCUUUCUUCUUUUUAGAUAUGCUAUCUUACCUAGUGCAAAUGAUAGGAGGGAACAUCCUCUACUUUCGCAUGUACGAGCUGUGUACCCUAAUCGUCAUUUCGAAGAGGAACCCCUGCAAGUAUGUUGUCGCAUCGAAGGAAGUGAAACAAGUGGAGAAGCAAAUUUUCUCUUCUUUAUUUAAUUCUUACAUGUGCAUCAAGUCCAAAACUUAUUCAGAUUUAACCUGCACUAAUGAUCUGUUAAAUAAAGACAGUCAAUCUGUUGUCGGUAGGGAUACGAACCCUAAGUGGAACUCCCCCAUUGGUACUUCCUACCAGGAUAAGGUCAAUCAUACGAAGAAGUUACUCCUUCGGAGGGGAAAACGGGACAAACGCUACCCCAAAGGGGGAGGGGGAGCUCGACUAACAUGUGCAAAACAUAGUGCCUACCAUAAUAGCCGAAGUCUUGCCAACUGUGCCAGUAAGAAUACCCCCAUUUGCACAACUAACUUUAGGAUAUCUAACACCCUUUCACUUAAAAAUCAUUUCAACCCUAACCUAACCUUAGAAGCGUCUCCCCCCGUUUGUAAAAAAUGCGUUUCGGAAAAGAAUAGCCAUAAGGAUAAUGAGUACAAAAACGGGGAAGAGAGAAAAAAAGCAAAACGUGGUAUCAAGUCGGGCACUGCAAACAAGUCUAACCAGUUGGGCAACCACGGGGGGGACGCUACGCAGGUGGCUAAUCCUACCUACAGAACUACUUCCCACGGGGGGGACGCAACCCAGGUGGCUUAUCCUACCUACAGAACUACUUCCCACGGGGGGGACGCAACGCAGGUGGAUAGUCCUACCCACCCAACUACCUCCCAUGGGGGGAACAACUCGUCGAGCGGGCACCCCCAAGACGACGAAGUGCUCAUCCCCAUUAGGGGAACCAACGCCACUAACGAUGCAGCCGCCACCUACAACUCGAACGCUAGUUGGAUCAAAACCGCUGCGGUUAUUGACGUGUCUGUGGAGGGGAAGCAGAAAAAGGGGGGACAUCAAACGUUCGCGGGCAAUCCCGUAAAUUCAUCCGCUAAUUUCCCAUCGGACAAGAAACCUUCCUACAACUCGCACCGCAACGGAGGUACUCCCCCCCCAAAUGAACAACUCAGGUACUACGCCUGCCCCUGCUACCAGACCCACUCCAGCGGAUCGUCCCUCAGUGAGGUGCCCUCGGGACAAACGACGAAGCGGAAAAAUAGUGCGCACAACUCGGUUGAAGGGGGAAACCCCAAAAUGGAUAAUCAGCAAAGUCGCCGCGUGAGUAACAAGCGGGUAGAUGGCGCAACGGGUGAGGAACAUGACCACCCAAGUGACCCCCCCGCAGAUAACCCAAAUGGAAACUCCAACACCUACCACUGCAAUGUGAUGGCGUGUAGUUAUAGUAUAAUAAAAGGCACACACAAUGGGAGUACGCCCAGUGGAGGGAGACAGGGCGAUAGGUCCUCUCGAGCGGUAGGGGCUCAACGGGUCGAAAUCGGCGAAAUGGAGGUCAUCCCUCGAGGGGGAAAUUCGAUCCAAGCGUACCCCCGCGGGAGAAGGCCCUCUGCGCACAGUAACUGCACGGAUCACCUGGGCGAUGAAAGUCGCCAAAGUGAAAGCAAAUUCGAGUCCACGUCAAACGAGGACGCGUCGGACACGCUGGAGAGGACACUGCCUGAAAGGGAGCAAUCGCAUGGGCUAAGCCAACCCACGCGGGGUGAGGCAAACCUAUCUGGCGAGGCAAACCCAUCGGACGAGCCAAUCCCAUCGGAUGAGGCAAACCUAUUGGAGGUAUACCGAGGGGCCCAACCAAACGACCACAACGCCCCGGCGAGCUGCAAAAAGGAAACCCAUUUUCACAAAAAGCUCCCCCUGCGCAAGUCCAAAAGCUCGCUACACACAAACCAGUGGGGCGAAAAUCCCCCGCACAGACACCCCUCGCGCAGCAGCAACAACACCAAGCUGAUCACCUUCACAAACAAGGAGUUGCGCGCCACCUCAAAAAAGGAGUUGCAAAAUGGAAGCAACAGCAACUCGAAUUGCAAGUACAGCAAAAAAAACGCAUCAAGGCAGCACGAAAUAUUAGACAAAAUUGUGCAACUGGACAUCAGCAAUCAGGACCAAAAAAAUAAAAAAAAAGGCAAAAAUAAAGACGCGUCGUCGUUAUCCUCGUCGUCCUUACCGCCGCUAUCGCAAUCGCCGCUAUCUCCUCCAAUGGCCUCCCCGAUAGGAAGAAAAAAAAUUUACUUUGCGAAAAAAAAGAAAAAAAAAUACACGUCAAUCUUUCUGGAAAAUCCAAAGGUACAAUAUUUAUUUGUGCACAUUCCACAGUAUUUCAAACACAUCUUCGACAUGACGAAGAAAAUAUUUUUCGAUUUAAAAAAAAAAAAAGUGCUCAUGCAAAACGCAACUUGGAAAAAUAAAAUAUUCAUCCCUGAAAGGGACCCACUAGGGUUAUUCAAAAACGCAAACCUAGAAAAGUGGUACGUGUCCUGGAUGGACGAGUUUAACAGAAAUAUUAUCUCCAAAACUUACUACAUAGCCAUCUACCUCAUCAUGUAUAUAAUUACCCUAGACUUUAUAACAGCAUAUAAAUUGUACUACACAACAACGAGGAGGAAGAUAAACGGGGCCUUAAUCACUCAACACAGUUACCUGCGCUACUACUUCUUCAAAUCGAUCGUCAACACGGCUGUGUAUCUCCUCUACAUACUCUUUUUAACAUUUAAAAUACGAAAGGAUCCCACUUAUAAUGUUAAGCGGUAUUAUUUUGUUACCCUUCUGUUGUGUUUAGUCAAACUCAUCAUAUCGUCUUUAGACAUUUACGUGGCCAUCACCUCGCUCGAUUACUUCAUCAGCCCCUACUACGUGUACAUAUACAUCCAUAUGCUGAUCGUGCAGACGUCCAUUUUGUUACUAGUUAGAUACCCUACACAUUACCUGCUAUUUUUUCUGUAUAUGAUUUGCUUCACUUCGUUAUACUGGUGCUUUUCCAUCCACAAAUGCUUUAUGGAAUUUAUUUUCAUCGUCGCUUGUGUUUCUUUUACCAUUAUUUAUUCUUAUGUGCUUUGCUCCAGGACGGUGGAGAUCAAUCGGCGCAUUUUGUUUUCCAAGUAUGAGCUGCCCUACCUCUUGUACCUCAAGGAGAUUGCCGGGUGCCUCAGCAGGCGCCGCUCCCAGGGGGAAGCGCCGCCAUGA